AUGCUUAAGCUAAGGAGUAUUUGCACGACGUUGAUCGGGGGGAAGGUGUACAAUAUAAACGGGAAAACGAUAAGGGAGGAAAAGUUGCUGUCGGAAGGAGCGUACUCAUUUGUUUAUUUAGCCAAAGAUUUAAAUACAAACAAAGCAUAUACAAUAAAGAAGACAAUUUGCCAAGACAAAGAAAAGCUCGAAAUGGCAAAGAAAGAAAUUCAUAUCCUUAAAAGUUUACCCCCCCAUAAAAAUAUUGUACAAUAUUUUGGAUCCACUAUAAUAAGUGAGAACAGCCACAAGAUAGUGAUUAUGCUGAUGGAGUUUUGUGAGAGAGGAAAUUUGUUAAAUAUAUUUGAAAAGAACAAGGAAAAAAUAAAAGAAAAUCAUAUAGUGAAAAUUCUUAAGGAUAUAGUUAAAGGGUUAAAUUUUUUACACACUCAGGAAGUUCCAAUUAUACAUAGGGAUAUAAAAUUGGAGAAUAUUUUAUGUGAUAAAAAUGGAGUGUAUAAAAUUUGUGACUUUUGUUCACAUAGUGUAUCCAAUUCUUUUUUCCCAAAUGAUAUGACCAAAAAUUCACUAAACAUAUUGAAAGAGGAGAUUGAAAGAGAUACAACAUUUAUAUAUAGACCUCCCGAAUUAAUUGACUUGUAUGCAAAUAGGGAAAUUUCUUCUAAAGUAGACUUGUGGAUGGUUGGGUGUAUUUUGUAUUUGCUCCUUUUUAAAGUGCAUCCAUUUCAAAAUGAACAAAACAGCUUACUCUCCAUAAUUAAUGGAAGCUUUACCAUUCCUUACCAUUCCAAGUAUUCAAAAAAAAUAAUAUCCAUUUUGCUUAUGACUUUAAAUAAGAACCCACAGAAACGGCUAGACUCUACGACGCUGUUGUUCAUUUUGGAAAAUUACGGGGACUUGAAACUUUGGUUUAUGCAUAUCCCUAGUGAUAUUAAAAAGAUGGUGAAUCAAAUUUUUGAUAAAAUUAAUGAACUGAAUUUGAACAACAAGAAGAACGAGAUGAUUGAAAUUAGUAACGACCGUAUUUUGGAUGUGAAGAUUUCGUCGCACAAGUACGAGACGCAGGUGCCCAAGAGUGUUGUCCGCAGGCCGUUCUUCAAGUUUUUCGCCCCCAACGCCCUGGCGCAGGAUCUCUUCAGGAGGAAGCCGCAGGUGGAUGGUGCUGCUCAGCCGGAUAAUGCUGCGGCGGCGCAAGCGGAUAAUGCUGCUGCGGCCCAACCGGAUAGUGCUGUUACUCAGCCGGACAAUGCCGCCGCUGAACAGGAUAAUGCCACUACUCAACCGGACAAUGCCGCCGCUCCACCGGAUAGCACCAACAAGGAAGCCCACCUGAUCAGCAUCGGAAGUGCCGAGAGUGUGACCAACCUUGCUAGCGCCACUCAAAACGAGAUGAACGCAGAUUUUCUCAACCUGAACGGGGACGCCGUCCAAGACACCAGCUGGGAGAACAACAUCAUGAAGGACAUCACUCUGGAUAGCGACAUGAACACAUUUGGCUUCGACAUUGGGUUUGGAAGCGGAGGCGAGGAAGGCAACAAGUGUAAAGAUGCGAUUGCUGAUUCGGUUGCAAAGAAGAAAGACGCCAAUCAAAUGGCCAACUUAAACGGAGGCCUCCAGGCAGAGCCCAAGGCAGACCGCCAGGCGAACCCCAGUCCAGGCCAAACCGACUUCAACGAAUUCUUCGACCCCUGGAGUGCCUCCAAGGAAGACCCAUGGCCCGUGGCGCCAAAAGAUAAUCCAGCUCAGGAUGGACACUCAGAAGGAACCCAGUAUGACCUAUUCGAAAAAGAUCUAGCCCAUUUUAAGCAUGUCCCUUUUUUUAAAGACGCAACCAAUAAUGAGCCCUUUACAUACACAGGCAGCUUGGAAGAAAUAAACCUCACAAGAAACAGCGGCGACGUCACAAAUGACACGCUCUAUAGCAUAAACAAUUACGACGAUUUAGAACAUGUGGAAAGUUUUUUUCCAAUCUAUGAGGGAGUCAGUUUUGGAAAGGAAGUGAACGUUUCUUUCAACACGAGCGUGGAUGUUUUUGCUGGGGCCCCGUAUGACCCAUCCGGCAAAUUCAUUGCGUCGGACAAAAAUGACAAAUUUUCGGAGCUCCUGGAGGAGUUCCAGAAGUGUUCCAUUUGA